GCAUUUUUGCGGAGGCUUCGCUGAAUUAGCUUCUCAAUCAAUUCUCCCACCUGUAAACACUCACCCCACACGUAAUUUACCGAAUCUCAAAACUAUCAGUGCCACUCAAGUUCUAUGUCAGUAUUGGCACGUCUUCGGCCUCAGCGGGUUCCAUUUUCGAGUUGCACCCAGAAGAUGGUGGUUUAGUGCGCCUUGCUCGAGAAAAAUCUGUUUCGGAACACAAGGCCGAGAAUUUUUGUGAUUUAGGGUGAACUAAGCAAAUUUAAUGAAGGUACCGAUCAACAUCAGUCUAGAUUAUAUGGAUUAUAUAAACUACUACACGUAUUUCCUCGAGACGAAAAGUGAUCCCAGGACAUCGAAAUGGUUCCUUAUCGGCUCUCCAGGACCCGUCCUCACCAUAAUUGCGACCUAUUUAUAUUUUUGUAUCUACGCCGGCCCUCGUUACAUGAAAGAUAGGAAACCGUUCGAUCUGAAAAACGCGAUAAUAGUCUACAAUUUUUUACAAGUCAUUUUCAGCAUAUUCCUAGUUUAUGAGGGCUUGAUGGGGGGAUGGGCAACAGGCUACAGCCUGAAAUGCCAACCUGUGGAUUACUCCGACAAUCCUAUGGCAAUUCGGAUGGCCCAAGCCGUGUGGUUGUAUUUCCUCUGUAAAAUAAUCGAGCUGCUCGAUACGGUGUUUUUCGUCUUGAGGAAGAAAAUGAAUCAGGUUACAUUCCUCCACCUGUACCAUCACGCCAUGAUGCCGAUCUGCUCAUGGAUCGGUGUGAAAUUCUUGCCGGGAGGUCAUGGCACUUUGCUGGGAUUGAUCAAUUCCUUUAUUCACAUAAUAAUGUACUCGUACUACUUCGUGUCUUCGAUGGGGCCCCAGUACCAAAAAUAUCUGUGGUGGAAGAAGCAUUUGACGGCAAUGCAAAUGGUGCAAUUUUGCAUAAUCUUUUUCCAUAAUUUACAAGUGUUGUUCCGGCAGUGUGAUUACCCAAAGUUUAUCGUAAUGUUGUUAGGUACACAAGCGCUGUUUUUCUUGUUUUUGUUCGGUAGCUUCUAUCAUAAAACGUAUAUUCAGAAACCGAAGGCUCUAGAGAAGACCAACAACAAUGUACAAAACGGCAAGACAAAAGUGAACUAAUCGCUGUUAUUUUAUUUAUUUUGAAUAUUUGUGUAAUUAUUGAGACUUUUCCAAAUAUAAAGUUAUUAUAUCGAA